AUGUUCGGACCCAGGCUUUCACACUUGUCCAUUCAAGCUCUCAAGCUCUCAUCUCGUCCAAAUGGUCUCCAUCUCCUUUCAACCAGCCGUAUCGUGGCUGUCAACAGUUCCAGUUCAUACUAUACCCACCAAAGUUCACCCCCCGCGCAGUAUUUCAGCAGUUCCCACGGCCCUCGAUCGAACUCAAGGAACAUCAAAUGGACAGAUUCCACCGAGAACUCCCCCACUGAAGAUGAUGAAGGAAUCGCACGUAUAAAUGAGAAUAUCAGCAUUGAAUACCCCGACCAAAGCGAGGUCCCUCGAACCCCAGUGAUCCAGGGCAGAGGAGGCAUGCAUUUCAAGCGCACCCUUGCUCAAUUUUCUCUCGAGGACAGAGUCACAGUGGUGACAGGAGGUGCCAGUGGUAUAGGUCUUGCCAUGUCUCAGGCCAUUAUAGCCUCAGGCUCACAUGUUGCCAUUGUUGAUAUGAACCAAGAUGAAGCGCACAGGCAGGCCAAGACUCUCCUGGAACAAUUCAAAGCUGAAAAUCCCGGGAUUGAAGAGUAUGUUACUGUUCUAUUCCUCAUCUUCGACAAAUGUCCAUUCAAGAUACUGAUGCACGAUCAAAGUAUACCCCGAGUAACCGCCCACUACGCCGACGUGGCCGAUCCCACCUCUGUCAACGACUCGAUCGCCGAAAUAAUCGCCACACAAGGAAGAAUCGACCACCUGGUGACCUGCGCCGGGUUCACUGAGAAUUUCAGCGCAGUCAGCUACCCCCACGAUCGCAUGCAGAGAUUGUGGGGUGUUGUGGUGGACGGAACAUACCUUUUCACGACUGGUGUUGCAAAGCACUUGAUUGAACGCCAAGCUGCUGGGAGCAUGGUGGUUAUCGGCAGCAUGUCUGGAACCAUUGUCAACGUUCCUCAGCCGCAGGCGCCGUACAACGCGGCUAAAGCAGCCGUUCGACAUCUGGCUGCAUCGCUCGCGGUUGAGUGGGCUAGUCAUGAUAUUCGCGUGAACUGCAUUAGCCCAGGAUAUAUUUUGACCGCACUUACGAAAGAAAUCUUGGACGAGAAUGUUGAGUUCCGUGAUAAGUGGAUCUCUCUUAUUCCCGCUGGUAAGGUGGGGAAGCCGGAAGAUUUGAUGGGAGCGGUGGUUUUCUUGCUUAGUGACUCUGCCAGAUACAUUACUGGGGCUGACUUGCGUGUUGACGGUGGUUAUACUCUGACUUAA